AAAUCGUUAUUCAUUAGUUGUUGCAAAGUAUCAAAAGACACCAAAUUUGAAUUUGAAAAAGUACAAGAUACAAACAAACUGUACUAUGAUAAUGAACAGGUGACAUACGUAUCAGACAAGAGGAAAAGUAAAGACUUAAAAGAAUUCAUUCAAAGAAAUGCAAAGAAGAUUUAUGCAAAGUAUUCAAAUAUUGUUGGUAUGCGAAUAAGUUGUGUCUCGCGUUUUGGUGACACAAAGACAGACUCACAUGGAAUAAUACUUUAUUGUCUAGACAAAUCAAUAAUACCAUUUGGAGAGAAUCCGUUACCCGAACAUCUUGCCGGAUGGCCGUGCAGUUAUAGAGAGGAUUUUUUUAUGUUUGGAAAAUGCCCUGAAGACUGUCUGUCUACCAAUCAUAAGCUCCCAGAACCCGGUUGCAGCAUAGGAAUACCAUUAUAUGCCUGUUUAGGAUCUGUUGGAUUUUUGUAUGAGUCUAUAGACCAAAAUAAUGAGUUUGGUUCUGGGUUCCUCACAGCUUCACAUGUUGCAAUCAAAGAUUUCAAAGAACUUUACCACGACGAGACACCAUUGUCUAACCAUUCUCUUCGAACCAAAACAUAUUUGAUAGUUCACCCAACAUGUCAAAAUGACCAACAUGUUGGUAAUACGAAUGAGAAGUAUCAAGUUGUUGGAGAAGUUGUUGAAUCAUUCAUUGGAAACUUUGGAACAUCUGGGAAAAGCUUGGAUAUUGCAAUAGUUAGAAGCGUCGUGGAUAGAAAAGAAGAAAAUCUGUCGGAAAGAUCUACUACAAUUGUUUCUCAAAGUUCGACGUAUCUGUCGUUCACAGCCAGCAGGGCGAAUGAUGGAAAUCUAAGCACGACGUCCAACUCUUGUUCCCACACUGGUCUAAAUAAAGCAAUCGCAUGGUUUCAGGUGGAUCUUGGAAAACAAUUCCAUCUUAGUAAUGUUAAAAUCCAUUACAGAAAAGAUGGAAACAGGUCAUCAGAUUGGAAGCAGUAUCGGUCCCGACAGUUUUAUCUUGACGUAUCAAACGUCUCAGCAACACACAGUUUGACAACACAGAGAACUCGGUGUUACACUGACAACACAACAUACCCAGACUUACCUCCAAACAUAAUAGACAUACCAUGUCAACAAAAGGCUAGAUAUGUCAUUGUGGAGACAACGUACAAAGCUCCGGAAGAUAUUAAUCGUGAUCUCUAUGGAGCCAUCCUUGAGAUAUGUGAAAUAGAAGUUUUUGGAUGUGAUCACAAUUGCAUUAACCAUACCUGCAAACCAUUUAGUUACUGUCACUACGGAUGUGUCGACGGAUAUUGGGGAACAUUCUGUGAAAGUUUAUGUCCUGUAAACUGUAGAGAACAUAAUUGUACGAAAUUCAGGGGCCAUUGUUUCAGCUGUAACCCUGGUGAAUAUGGAUGGACCUGUACAUCAAAGUGUCCAUCAUUUUGUUACGGAGGAGAUUGUGACGAUGCAUAUGGCCACUGUACACAUGGAUGCACACCGGGACGGUUCGGGGAUACUUGUAAUAAAAUAUGCAGUACAAGAUGUAAGAAUGGUAUAUGUAAUCAAGAAAGUGGGAUUUGUCUUGGUGGGUGCAUAGAGAACUGGUCAGGGGAAAAAUGUAAUAUAUGCGACUCUAUGCACUAUGGAUCCACGUGUUCUUUGGAAUGCAGUGCCAACUGUUCAAAUCAUACCUGUAAUAAUGAAACUGGUUUAUGUACCUAUGGUUGCCGGGAGGGAUUCUACGGAAAACAGUGUAAAAUAGGUUGUGACAAUUGUCCUGCAGGGUGUGACAUAGUGACGGGGCAAUGUAUUGGAGAUUGCCCUGCUAGCAAGUUUGGUAAAUUUUGUCACAAAACAUGCAGUCUAGACUGUAAAAAUGGAUGCAACAAAUACACGCGGAGUUGUUAUGAUGGAUGUGUACCGGGUAAAUUUGGAGACUUCUGUAACGAAACGUGUGAUGUUCAAUAUGCAUAUUGCUGUGAUAAGAGAUCUUCAAACAUGAAACUGUUGCAGGAUUCAACAUCAGAAAACAAGAUCAUUUUAAUUGGAGUAAUAGUGAUUCUUUGCAUUAGUGUCGCAGUGAAUGGCUGCACUAUUACAUGGAUAUUAAGGUAUAAGGCGUGUAAACCACGAAAUGUACCACAACAAGAAACGAAAACAGAUUCGCAAACGAAUAACCUCGCUGCACAACAAAGGAUAUAUGAAACAACAGAUGACAGUGCGGAGUACCAGGAAUUGGGUCACGUUAGUAGAACCUCUCUGUACGACCAGCUUCAGAGGCCACAGAAUUAAUGAUGGACUCUAAAUAAUGGUUUUAAAGAUAAUACUAUUUAAAGUGUCAGAGUUUUGUAGUAACAAUUUACAUUAUUCUUGAUAUUGAUCAUCAUUGUCCGAUAGAUCUUUAUCUAUGACCUCACUAAAGUAGACUUAUUCCCGCGAUUUGCACACGGAUGAAAUUAUUGUCAUAUUUUUUCAUAUUUAUCCACUUAAAAUAUGGUGUACAGUACAGGUCUGCUGAAGUCCGACUUUCACGUAUGAUUUUGUUGCAUGAUUAUACACAUCAUAUUAAAAAAAAACUGUUCAUUGAUGUUUCCCAGUGGAAUAACCGUCGGAGAAUACCUAUAUUCAAAACAUUGAUUUAUCAAACAAGACAAUCUUCAAGAUGUCAUUUUAACAUCAAAACAAACUACACUUAAUUGAUAA